UAAUUUUAGCAAAAAGAAAGCAGUUUUUUGUUUUAUUAAGAUAUAGGACAUUUCUAAGUUGAAGGUGUUUUGGUAAUGGUUGUGCAAUUUAUUAGUGAAAUAUUCGCAUUAUUAUAUUUAGCAAAGUAAAAUUGAAUUUGAAAUUAAUAAAUAUUCAGCGUGCUGAAGACAGCUUUAAGGUUUUUAGAAGGCUGUCUUUUCUCCUUGACUCCAAUUAGCACCUCAGGUGACUCGGUGAAGCUAACAGGAGUCACAUUUAAAUGGCAGACUAUGUCUCUGUCAGUGUGAGAGGACACAUCUGUUCCACACUGCAGUCUGUUUACACGCUAUCUGUAUUUUGUCUGGCUGUGUCCCACCGUGAAGAUAAUAUCUGCAUAGAGGGUUUGCCAUGUUCACAGUAAGUCAUGUGGCACAUACCAGCUUCAGAUGCAGCUGCUGCAUGUUACUGAUCCAGGUUCAGAUCGAGAAGUGGUACUGAGGAAACAGUAAACCAGGCACCGGAGCUCGGCCAGAAUAAUGCUGCCUGUCAUGGAACAGCAGUUGUGGUUUGGAGACUCUGCAGCUCCAGGUCCUGCUCCCAUGGUCGUGAUGAGGGUGUCUUACUGGUUUUGCACAUGUGCUCCUUCUCCGUGUAACAUCUGACUCCGGGCAAGACAGAUAAGUUCAGUGUCUCCCAGCAGGGAACCGACUGCACGGUGUGAAUAUGGUUUGCAGUUUAUGUGAGGAGAUUAGACUUGAGUAGCAAGCUGGUCUUUAAAGGACUGUGAAAUAACAAGAAAUGUUUUUAAUAGUGCAGUCCAGGAAGCUUCUCACGGCGCUGAUGCGAGAAGAGUUUGCUAUUAAAAGUUUAAAGAUGUUGUGAAAUGUAUAUAUAUAUAUACUGUAUAUAUAUGUUUUAUUCCAGAGUAUAUUUCAUCCAUCCACAAUGCUGUGUUUAACAAAUAUUUGAAGUGACGUAGCAACAGAUCAUGAAUGGAAAUACUUGCAUUGCAAUACUGCAUGAAGGACACAAUGUCAGUGCUAAAAUUAUUAAAGUUGUAGUUUUGGCUUCAGUUGCCACACAUGAGAAUUAGUUAAUAUGAGGAAAAUGUGAAUUUAGCCUCCAGAAUCAGGAAAAGCACAUCUACUUUUAGCUUUGCCAUUUUCUAAAUCCCAAAUGACCCCCACAUUAAUAACUGGGGUAAUGCCAACACCUAUAACUGGUGGUUUAAAAUGGUUUGCAAAUGUCUUCAGCAUGAUAAUAAGCCAUUGUGCCUUUGUGUGGAAGUUUUGUGGUAGUUACAAAAUUAGAGGACGGAAAAAGGAAGUUGUUCCAUUUUUAAUUAUUUUCCAUAUUUUUCCUUUUUUAGCAAACCCAGUCCAACAUCUUGCCUCUUCAAUCAGACUGUGAUGUAUUUGCAUGUUUUAUUAAUUACAGCUGCUGUAAUGCAUCUGGUUCUAUUGUUGGAUGACAUUGUGCAUUUUUGUCUUUGGCACAAACUCAUUUCCAGCAAACAUUUUUUUAAAAUCCCACAAUAAAAACCACUGUUGUCUAAACAGCGAAAGCAUUCCCUGUGUGUGACAUUUAGAAGACAAUGUUCCCAUCGAUGUUCACAGAGUGAGCGAGCAAGAGGAGAGGUGAGGAGUCAGAAAGAGAUUGUUGAUAUUGAAAAGAAGAAGAGAGCCAAGAUCAACUUUGUGUUUCUGCUUAAUUUGGAGUUCAAAAAUCCGGAGCAUUGCCAUUAUUUCACACCCUCCAGAAGAUGGUCACUCAAGAGUGAUGCCGUUUCGUGAGGUGAUUGCAAAGAGCAUGUGUCGGCCCAUGGAGCAGUUGGUGGAUGUGGAGCAGGAGUACCCCGGAGAGGUGGAGUUCAUCUACAUGCCUGCUUGUGUCCCGCUGUGGCGCUGCUCUGGCUGCUGUGGGAAUGAGAACCUGGAAUGCCAGGCCUCCCUUGAAAGCAACAUCACUCUGCAGGUGAUGAGGAUUCAUCCCAUGAUAUCUAUGCACCAUGUGGAACUCAGGUUUGUGGAGCAUCAGAGGUGUGAAUGCAGACUCCGUCAGAAUCAGCUGAAUAAUAAAAGCAGCAGCAGCAGCAGCAAGUCUAUCAAGAACAGACCUCGGAGGAGGAAACACAAGAAGACAGCAAACGGCUGUGCCAAGUGCCAGUUCCCUCAGAAAAAGAUAACUCUUCACUGAUUCACAUGGCGGUCCAUAAUGUGGAGUGACUUCGGAGGGACAAACAACAUCGAUCGUCUCUGUGACUCUUCAUCUUCUUUCCUCAUCCAAUUGGACAUGAGACGUUCCAUCGUGUCCAUCUUGACAUUCUAGUCAUUUUUUUUAUUAAUUAUCCAAUCAAACAACAAUAUCUGUAAACUAGUUUGGCUCUAUCUGCUGGUUUUAACAGGCAAACAUCUGUCUGUUAUAGAAAAAUAUUUGGUAACUGAAUGUUCAGUUACCAGGGGAAAGGAUAAAGACCUCCAUCUUUAAGUGUUCACCGGCAGAAACCUUCUCCACGACUUCAUAAGUGUGACUUUUGCCACCUGUUAAUCAUGUGUGUUACUUUCUGUAAAGUGUUAUUUACCUAUUUACAUAG